AUGAAAUUGCUCUACACCAUAGAGACAUCGCCAAACCCAACAGCAAUUUGCGCACUCUCCCCGUCGUCGGAGAAUUGCUUCCUUGCUUAUCCACUUCCACAAAAAGCAGCAUCUUCCUCCUUCGCACCACCCUCCCAUGCACCUCCAAACACUACACAUGUUCCGCCGACCUCCGGUGAGGUUUUGAUUUUUGAUGCGGUCAAGUUGGAGGCGGUGAAUGUCGUCGAAGCCCAUCGAUCGCCUCUAUCAUGUGUGAUAUUUAACAAUGAAGGCACUGUCCUCGCAACUGCUUCCGACAAGGGAACCAUCAUUCGAGUUUUUUCCGUCCCGGAUGCUCACAAGCUAUAUCAAUUCCGAAGAGGCUCUAUGCCGUCAAGGAUAUUUAGUAUGGCCUUCAAUAUCACGUCAACCUUAUUGUGCGUCUCAUCUGCCACCGAGACCAUCCACAUAUUCAAACUUGGACCUCAAACCCGGAAAAGCGAAGACGGUGACGAACCUGUUUCGCCUUCGAAAGUUACGGGUGCAUUUCAUAGACGACUAAGUCAGGGCAGUGAAGCUAUGGAUGACAACGCUGAAGAUGAGGACGGAUCAACGUCACCAACUGCACUGUCCAGUCGAAGACCCAAUGGCACGUUCAUGGGCUUGCUGCGCAGAACCAGUCAGCAUGUUGGUAUCAAUCUUGCAACAACUGUGGGUGGUUAUCUGCCCAAAGGUGUUGCGGAGAUGUGGGAGCCAUCCCGCGAUUUCGCUUGGAUCAGACUUCCACGCUCUGCUUCAGGGACUGCACCGAGCCAAUUGCGGAGUGUGGUAGCGAUGAGCAGUAACUCACCUCAAGUGAUGGUCGUGACCAAUGAGGGUAAUUUCUACGUCUUCAACAUUGACCUCGCCAAAGGUGGAGAGGGGACAUUGACAAAGCAGUAUUCUGUGCUCCAUAUUAAUGACAAACUGGGAGGAUCAUCGAUUGACUAUUAG